AUGUCUUUGCCUCAAGAACUCUCCAGAAUGAGCAUGGGUGGAAUGAGUGGAAAAGCCAACCCCCACGCAUGUAAAAUCUCCAUGCUUUGGAACUGGUAUACUGUGGACUCGUGUUUCAUUGCUAGAAGCUGGCACAAUAAAUCCAAGGGUGCCUUUGCCGGCUCAUGUAUUGGUGUUUUCUUUUUGGUGUUGGUGUCCCAGUGGUUGCACCGUUUUGCUCGUGAAUAUGACUCGGCUCUUAUCACGAAAUACUCUGCCCAAGAGUCGGCUGACAACUCCAAAUUGGAAAUGGAAUCCAGCAAAAGCGCCACUAUUGCCGUCAAUCCUGCUGUCCAUGCCAUUAGCCACCGCUGGCUUUUUGCUCCUGUGCCUGCUUCGGGAAUCAUGGCUCUGCCUUUCGAACAUCUUAUUCGGUGUGUUUUGUUCACCAUUGAAUGGGGGUUGUCUUACAUUAUUAUGUUGUUGUUCAUGUACUACAACGGGUACAUAAUCAUCUGCUGUAUUUUGGGAGCUUUUGCGGGCCGUCUUCUUUUUACAUACAAUGAGCCUUUGAACGGAAGCUGUCUCAGUGACUCUCAGGACAUGGACAAGAAGUGUUGUCGCUAA